AUGAAGGCCGUCACCCUCGUACCAGCAUUCGCCGUGGCGGCCCUGGCCGGUGCCAUUCAGGCCCGCGACGGACACUGCGGUGGCGACAACUGCGCCCGGCAGGUCACGGGCACCCGGCCCGGCCUGACGCCCAUUUCCUCCCGCCGGGCCGACUGCUCCAACUUCAUGAAGACGACGGUGGUCCCGGACGCGACACACAGGACAACAACCGUCACCGUCACGGCGACUCACGGGGAGGCGGCGCACGUGCGCCGGGACGGCGCUCUCGAGUACCGGGCGGCCACCGAGUCCCCGACGGUCAUCCCGGCCUACGCCCCGGGGUGCCGGGAGCUCCGCAACUACUCGUCGGCCUGCUCGUGCUGGGGCAUCACGGCGGUGACGACGACGGCCCCGCAGCCGACCAAGACGGAGACGGUCACCGUCACCACGGACGCGUGCGAGGAUCUCUAG